AUGGCAUAUUCUGAUGAUGUUCGUGUGUCAGAAACCAAGAAUGCUGUUGACCUUCAUAUUGACCCAACCGAUUCGGAUUCCUCCAAGUCAAUUCCCUCCACCAAGGUGAUCCCUCUUAUCGCUACACUUCCCCUCGCUGCACCAGAGGAACCUCGAAGCUGGUGGCAGCGACGGCCGAGACAUGAUGGAGAGGCUGUUGCAACUCGUCGGUCCGUCUUUGACGACCCAGACAUGGCGAGGCGCUACCAGCCACGACCUGACUGGGAGAAUCUGCAUCGAUUUGACCCUUCCGAAAGGUGGACUUUCAAUGAGGAGCGCAAAGUCAUUCGAAAGAUUGAUAGACGGAUCAUGAUAUUCGCUUGCGUCAUGUUCAUGGCUCUUGAGCUGGAUCGAUCCAAUUUGUCUCAAGCUGUCUCGGAUAACUUUCUGCCAGACCUGAAGAUGGAUACCAAUGAUUACAAUCUUGGAAAUACCGUCUUCAAGUUGUCUUUCUUGUGUGCCGAACUUCCCUCCCAGCUUGUCAGCAAGUACCUCGGACCUGACCGUUGGAUUCCGAUGCAGUUGUGCCUCUGGAGUCUUGUCUCUGCGGGCCAAUUCUGGUUGGACGGGAGGGCUUCCUUUCUGGCAUGCCGUGCCCUUCUGGCCAUCUUCCAGGGCGGAUUCAUCCCGGAUACGAUCCUAUACCUGAGUUAUUUCUAUACCGCUAGUGAGCUCACUGUUCGUCUGGCCUUCUUCUGGACGGCGUACAACGUCGCCGAUAUCAUCAGUGGGUUUCUGGGAGCAGGUUUCCUCCAGUUGCGUGGCUGGCAUGGGUACGAGGGCUGGCGAUGGCUGUUCCUGUUCGAGGGCCUGCUGACGCUCGCGGUUGGCAUUUCCGCCUGGUUUCUCAUGCCCGCUGGACCCACUCAAACCUCAGGCAUUCUCCGUGGUAAGAACGGUUGGUUCACUGAGCGAGAGGAGCGCAUUAUGGUGAACCGGGUCAUCCGUGACGAUCCCAGCAAGGGCGACAUGCAUAACCGCCAACCCAUUACUCCGAAGUUACUAUGGGCAUCAAUCAAGGAUUACGACCUAUGGCCGAUCUACGCCAUUGGCUUAACAUUCUUGAUCCCAGCCACGCCGCCCGCCCAGUACUUCACCUUGACCCUUCGUGGCCUCGGCUUCAAUGUACUCGUUACCAAUCUUCUGACCAUUCCCCAUACGAUCCUGUCUAUCGGUGGCCUGUUGCUUAUUUCCUACCUGGCCGAGAAAUGGAACGAGAGGUCUCUACUUGGCCUAGCUGUUCAGAUCUGGAAGCUGCCAUUCAUAAUCUAUCUAUACGUAGUAGACAUGAGCACGGUCAACAGAUGGGUCUCUUUCGCCGUGCUGGCGCUGUUGCUUGGUUCUCCGACUGCCCAUCCAAUCCAAGUCAGUUGGAAUUCGCGCAACUCCAAUACCGUUCGCCUAAGGACAGUUUCCGCAGCUAUUUACAACAUGUCCGUUCAAUCCGCCGGUAUUAUCGCAUCCAACGUCUACCGCAAAGACGACGCGCCGAGAUACCGGGAAGGAAACAAGAAUCUUUUGGCGAUCAUUGCGCUCAACAUCACGUUGUAUCUGUUGACCAGAACCUACUACAUCUGGAGAAACAAGAGCCGAGACAAGAUUUGGGAUGCCAUGGAUGAUGAACAGAAGAAGCAUUAUCUUGAUACCACAAAGGAUGAGGGUAAUAAGCGAUUAGACUUUCGACUCAAAGCCCCUGUGAUGCCACCGCAGCGUCGAUCAUGGGUUGGUUGUGCGAGGUAUUUAAACAAGAAAAACUUCAUAUAUGUUUCCCCUUCUACUCCUAGACCAGGCCCGUCAAAGGCUACAUCGCCUCCUCCAGAUCAGAAUAUCGAUGAGCCAGAAUGGAUAACAACUUCUCCAUCAGAGGACUCAGAGUCUUCUCAACUUGUUGUCAGUCAAAGGCAAAUGCCAAUGCCUCCGCUAACCCCGUCCGUUGAGUUCUUCGGUCACCUAUCACCCUUGCAUCGAUCAGGCCUACAGUACUUUACCGAGAGGACCGUCAAAGUUCUUGCGCCACAUCCCCAGAUCUUUGAUGAGCUAUGCGAACUCAUCUUGCCAAUGGCAGUCUUCAAUGAGCCCUUGCUGCAGGGCAUCGUUGCGCUGGCGGCUACUCACCGACUUGCGACCUGCAAAACAAGCGAGGAGCAGUCCUCGCAAGCGCUCAUUGUUGCUGGCUUUCAAGCUCUCAGUUCCAGAUCCCUUUGCCAGAAACUUUCCGAGUGUGAUGAAGAUCAACAACUCAUUCCACUGCUGGCCGCAUCGAGAGCGCUCUUCGUUUGCGAAGUCUUCGCCAGCGAGCCCAGUCCAGAUCGAUGGAGCGUUCACUUCCGCGGAGCGCGUGGGCUCAUUUCUCGAAUACACGAUAAGGGCCUUUCCCAGAACCCGACGGACGAAUUGCGAUUUUUACUACGAUGGUUCGACAUGACCGAAUCGCUGGUCUGUCACUCGAUGAGUGAUCUCGCCCCGCAACAGUCGACUAUCCCCUCACCAACAACGCUCGCAUCAGACACAGAUGACGAGCCUGUGUACAUCGAUAUGUAUCUUGCGCGUACAAAGGACCUUCUUGGAGUGUUCAAAGAGAUUGCGCGACUAUGCCGGAUCAACAAUGAUGGGACAGCGUCUGAGACUUCAUCGCAAGGUGGUCAAGUUGAGGCCGAGGUCUGGUGGCUACUCAACUAUCUACAAUCCAUAAUCGACCGAGAUCAAGCGAAUCCUCCGCCAGUUAUGUCAAUACGCGGUCGCGUUCUAUCUGUUGCCGAAGUCCACGAAUACCGGUUAUCGAAUCAGAUAUGGCAACUCACCGGUCUGCUCCUCAUCCACCGACGCUUACGCCAUGAAAGAAGAUCGUCGCCUCUCGUUCAAAACCUCGUCAAUCAGAUCAUCGAGUGCGCAGAGCGUCUGACGCUACGGGACGGCCUCACACCAGUCACUCUGCUUACUCCGCCCUUGUUCUUUGCAGGAUGCGACGCGCUUGGUGAUGAUAGGCCGAGAAUAAAGACUUCGUUGCAAGGCGUUUCAACUGCACUUGGACUUUUGAAUACGCAACGAGCCUUGGAAAUACUCGAACAGUAUUGGAAAGCCGAUCCGGGUGUCGAUGAUGAUCUAGCCGAUCGGUCGUGGCCUAAGAUCAGUCAAUUUCUACCUUACUAA